UAAUCAUCAUCAUAAACCACCGGCGCCAGUCUACGCAAAGCUUUCCUCACUAAAGUUAAAGUUUCUUACUGUCUAUAUUUCUGGUCUACGUUAGUGGCUAGAUCUCUGAGCGGCACCCACUAGCAUAAGGAUACACAGGAUCUAAAAGAAAGAUUAAAGAGGACCCCAAACUGUGAACGUUUGAUUACUGGUCUCUGGAAUCUUAAUAGUCUGAAAGGUUUGCUUGCUUGAGACUUGCCUCCAGCGUUUGCAACAGCGGCACAGUGUACUGUAUCCGGCAGGGCCUAUGGAGGUGUCGCACUCAAUCAGGGAGCGCACAAUCGCAGAGAACAGUCUGGUUGUCCUACUGCAGGGUCUGCAAGGCCAGGUGACCACAGUGGACCUGCGGGACGAGAGCAAAGCCAGAGGCCGCGUGGUCAACGUGGAUGCUUUCAUGAACGUGCGUCUGGAAGAGGUGCUCUACCAGGACCGCAAGGGACGUCUCACUAAGCUGGCGGACCUGUUCAUCACUGGACGCAACGUUCGCUAUGUACACAUUCCGGAUCACAUGGACAUCGUGGAGACCAUCAAAACCCAGUUGGCCAGGAUUCACAGAGUUCGAGAUUUCUCUGGGAAACAGGCCGGCAGGAAGGAGUACUCAACCAAGAAAGGGAAAAAAUGACACCCUUUUUUAAAAGGCAGUCAUCAGAUAAAACAGUGCCUUUUGAACAGGUCCUGGCAUACUGACGAUAAAACUUGAGCCUUGGAGAGUUAAAAAAAAAAAAAACCUUUGGAAGAAUGGGUCCCAGGCCCUCAUGUCAUGGUUCUUACUUAGGCCCCUUUAUGUCAAGCCUCAGUCUUCAACAAAUUGUUUCAGAUUCAGUGUGGCCUUUGCGCACCCCUGAGUCUGACUUUAUGUAGCCACAUGGAUGGUUUGUUGUUGUUUUUUGAUUUAAAGUAUUGUGUUCAGAUUUAAAGUAUUUUCAGAUUUAAAGUAUUGUGUUUUCAGAUUUAAAGUAUUGUGUACGUGUCACUCGUUUUUUGCUCUAAACAAGAUGUUAUGUGUGGAGUUAGAGAUAAUACAUUACGUUUAGGAUCUUUUUGGUUUUGUUUGUUUUCUUGGCUAGUCAAG